AUGAUACAGCCAGGGCUGCAGCAGGAACAUCAGGAGCAGGACUUGCAGCAAGAACGCCAGGUGGAGCAGCAGCAGCAGCAGCAGCAGCAGGAUCAGCAGCAGCGCCAAGAACGCCAGGUGGAGCAGCAGCAGCAGCAGCAGCAGGAGCAGGAGCACGAGCACGAGCAGCAGCAGCAAGAACGCCAGGUGGAGCAGCAGCAGCAGGAGCAGCAGCAGCAGCAGCAACAGCAGCAGCAGCAGCAGAAGCCGACACCGGGACGCCUGCGGCGGGAGCGGUUUCAACGGAAGCAAGAACUGCAGCGGUUGAAAGAGCAGCUGCAACUGCAGCAGCUGUACCAGCAGCAACCAGGGGGCCGUGAUUUAGGGCAGGAGGAGCAGCCGGAGCAUCAGCAGCACCAGCAGCAGCCGCCACAAAGCCUUGCGGAGGACACGAGGCAGAGGCAGCACGAGCAGCGGGAGCACGGCCGCCACAGCGCCCACCGCGGGCGCGCGCCGCGUCCGCAGCCACCACCGACCAGCACGGCCGCCGCUGCCUCUACAGCCUCCAGCAACAGCAGCGCCGAGCCGUCACCUCGGGACGCCCGCCCCAGCAGCCGCUGCAGCGGCUCUCCUCGUGCGGCCGCCGGCCCGGCAUCAAGGCCCCCGCCGCCGCGCUGCUCAGCGUGGCCCGCCCCUGACGCCGUCACUGAGGGCCCCGCCGCCGCGUCUGCUGCGGCGGCAGCGGCGGCAGCGCCGCCGUCGGGCCUCGAGAACCAUGGCUGGGCUUGGCUGGUGGAGGGCGUCCUCCAGCAGGUGGCGUCGCACCUGGCCGCCACCACACACGUCCGCGCCUUCCGCCUGGCCUGCCGCCACUGGCGCGCUGUCUGCGACCGCAACGUGCGGUCGCUCGCGCCCAGCCGCAUGUGGCCGCGCACCGUGGCGGCGCUGUUCCCGCGCCUGCAGCUGCUGGAGUUGACGCAGUGCAGCAACGUGCGCAACAGGGACCUGUUGGUCCUCGCCAACAGCGCGCUGCGGCUGCGCGGCCUGACCCUGGGUGACGACCUGCGCCGCCCCUGGGUGACCAACCGGGGGCUCGCCUCCGUCGGACGCAUGACAGGGCUGCGGGGCCUCGCGCUGCACGACUGCAACCAGAUUACGAACAAGGGGCUCGAGGAGCUGCGGGGGCUGGCUGGGCUUGGGAGCCUCAGCCUGAAGGGGUGCACGAAGAUCACAAGCAGCGGUCUGGAGGUGCUGCAGCUGACAGAGCUGCACUGCACCGACGAGGAGCUGACUGAUGAGGGGGUGCGCCACCUCAGCCGCCUCUCGGGGCUCGUGACCCUGUCGCUGCGCGAGUGCUGCGAGGUGUCCGGCGGCGCGCUGCUGUCCCUGCUGCCCUCGCUGCCGCGCCUGGCGCACCUGGGCCUCUUCAAGGCCUGGGACUUUGGCGACGAGCACCUCUCAAAGGCGGUCGUCCACGCGCAGGGCCUGCGCUCCCUCGACCUCCGCGGCACGUGGGUCACCGCGCGCGGGCUCGGCGAGCUGAGUCAGCUGGCCACCCUCGAGCGGCUGGCGCUCGCGCCGCACGCGGAGCUGGGGGCGGACGGGGCCGCCGCGCUGGCGGGGCUGAGCCAGCUGCGGGGCCUGGCGCUCGGGUGCAGCGUGUACAGCCCGCCGGUGGUCGAGGCGGUCGCGCGGAUGACGUGGCUGCAGGAGCUCAACCUCGCCGCGACCACGUGCCGCCGCGACGACGCCGCGGCCCAGCCACCCCUCGCGCCCCACUUGCUGCGCGCGAUCGCGGGCUUGCCCGCCCUCGCGUCCCUCGACCUGUCUUGGCGCCGCGUCGACGCGCAGCAGCUGCGCGCGCUCGCCGCCUCCCUGCCGCGGCUCAGGACGCUGGCGCUGCACGGCUGCCCGCUCUCGGCGGAGGAGGUGGUGGCGCUCGAGCGUGCGGCCCCGGCCGUCAGCGUGGUGCGGCGCCGGCGCGAGCCCGACGCAGCGCAGGGGCUUGCGGAGCUCUUGGGCACGCUGCGGGUUGCUUGA